AUGGCUAAAUCCACCGCCGCCGGCAGCAUCUCCGCUGUGUCCUACUCACCAACGUCAUCAGUAUCUUCUUCUCCCACCAUCCGAUUUCUUGGUCAACUCACAGUACCGGAAAAAUCGCCAGAUCUCAACAACAACAACAACGGUGGUCUCGAGUUCAACGAGAGCGACGUAUUUUGGUCAUCAUCCUCCGACGUUUCAGACAUUCCGUCACCAAACGUUUCCAGUUCUCCGCCUAUUCACCGUCAAUACAACUCCGGCCUCUACGCUGCGUUAUCCGACGAUCAGCAUCCCUUGGUUCGACGGAAACCUGCGAUGAGUCCGUCCCAAUCCGCCGCCACGGCUGCUCGGACUAUACCUCCGGUUGCGCUUAGGCGUUCUUCGGAGCAUUCUCCUGCUUACCACCAGUCGGCGCCGGUAAAUGUGCCGGUUUGGCCGAAAAACAAACCGAUUAAUUAUUUAGGGCAAUUCGAUGAAGUGGCUGAUAACGUGGCGGAGGAGGAGGAAGAUGAUGGGGAGAUGGUUCCGCCUCAUGAGAUUGUGGCGAGAUCGUAUGUGACGUUUUCUGUGUUUGAGGGAGCUGGUCGUACUCUCAAAGGGAGGGACCUGUGUCGUGUUCGCAACGCGGUGUUUCAAAAGACAGAACAGGCUGAUGAUAGAUUCAAACUUCUUAGCUUCUUCCCUAUAUUUCUGUUUCAUCUGGUUUUGUUGAUCAAGCUAUGGUCCAGAUAUCUAAUGGGAUUUGGAGCUUUCUUCUGCCACUUGAAGAUGACUCAAACUGUUAAACAUCUUGUCUUUUUGGAUAUCCUGCUUCGAUUUCAAGCUAAUCGUGAUGAAGUUUAUGCCAAGAAGCAUGCUCACUUUUCAAGUUUAUUAUAA